UACGAGCUGUUGGCACUCCGGCAAUAACUUGGGGCGGAGCCUUCUUUCCUGGCACCUCCUCUCCAGAGCCGGGACUACAUUUGGCCCUCGCCACGUGAUUCUCCGCCCUUUUCUGAGGUCACAUGAUUUUAUCUACAACACUCCGAAAUGUGUUCCUCCGCCCUGGUGUAGUCCCUAUCUUUGGGAUUUUUGCAGUUUCUAUUGGUCCGCCUGAGUCUUGAGCAUUCGCUGUGUCUGCAAACCUCUUUCCUCUCUGUCUUAUGGUAUCCUUAUUCACACCUUGGGUACUAUUUUGUUUUGGUGUCAACGGCCACCUUCAGCGUAGCAACACGUUUCAUGAAUACCUAGACUUGUAAUUGCCUUUCCCUAACGUAAUUUCCGAAAAUAACUGCAGAACUAAAUCUCACGACUGCCACUCAGUACCAGUUUCGUCCUCUGCUUUGUACUGUGGGGCUACCUGGGGAAGGAUUUUUCAGUUGACUUGAAACGACAGCAACCUUAUCUGCGAUGUCAUACGCGUAACUCACAAAUUGAUUCCAAAGCAGUUACGCUGAAGGCGUAAGAGGACCAAGCAGCGGGUUGCGCUAGCAAGCUGAGCUCGUGGUGUAUGUCAGCAGGCGGGGCCGGUCCGGACGGUCGGGGGCGGGGUUGGUGAAUAGGGAAGUGGCGCAAAUUCGUGGAUCGCUCCGCUGAGUCUGUUCGUCGAAGCCGCCUCCGCCGCCGUCCCCUGUCCCGGCCCCCCCCCUGGGUUCCCUCAGCCCAGCUCGGUCCAGCCCGGUUCUCGGGAGAAUGAAGUUCGUGUACAAAGAGGAGCAUCCGUUCGAGAAGCGCCGCUCUGAGGGCGAGAAAAUCCGAAAGAAAUACCCAGACCGGGUCCCGGUGAUAGUGGAAAAAGCUCCCAAAGCUCGGAUAGGGGACCUGGACAAAAAGAAAUACCUGGUGCCUUCUGAUCUUACAGUUGGUCAAUUCUACUUCUUGAUCCGGAAGCGAAUUCAUCUCCGUGCUGAAGAUGCCUUGUUUUUCUUUGUCAACAAUGUCAUUCCACCCACCAGUGCCACGAUGGGUCAGCUGUACCAGGAACACCAUGAAGAAGACUUCUUUCUAUACAUUGCCUACAGUGAUGAAAGCGUCUACGGUCUGUGAAGUUGCUGUCCCGGAGGUGGGGGUUCCAUUCUACAAAGAGAGGUGGCGCUCCUUCCUUGGCAUCCAGUUCCUCCUUCAGGCUCAAACACCAUCUCCUUUCUUCAGGACCUGCACUUAAUGUUUGAGGCUGUCUCUCCAGUCCCUCUGAGCAGGAGGGGUAAUGGUAGAUGCAGCCGCUGUACAUCUCUCUUUCCCCUUGUUUACCCUCCAUUCCCACUCUGCUUUAGACUUCUGGAUUGUCGAUCUCUGUCACAUCGGAUGAUUGUUUUGGUUUCUAUUCCCUUUCUAACUGCCCACUGGGCUCAGAACCCCAAUAAACCCUUCCUUUCACUACCUUCUUUUUGGGGGGUAGAUGGAAGGGGUUGACAUUGGGUGGGGGAGGUAGGAGGCACAUCAAUAAAGAGGAAACCACCGAGCUGAAUUGAA